CGUUGUGAUUUAUGCUUCUGACAUUUACCAGGAUGAAAUACAUGAUACGACAGCAAACAUGUGGCUAGUGUAAUACAUAAUUUAGGGUCAGGUUUCAACAGCAUAAACUUCCUAAUUGGUUUACGCCUAUGUUUCUAUGUUUUCCUAUGAAAUUGUUCCUAUGUAAACGCGUGUUAAAAGGGAUUACCAUGGAAUAUAAAUUGUUGCUUCUCUUCCGCUUUAUGUUUGAGUUUCCAGAUUACAAUAAUAUUUUCGAUGUUUCAUAGUACCGGUGAUUAAGUAAGUACUGAUUAGUGCUGGGCCUGCUGGCAUAUCUGAAUCGUGAAUGAAUACUGGUUUGCGAAUAUAUUGUAUCGGAAAACUGGCCGAUCAACUGGCUGUGACAAGUACUCGUACCUCGGCUGCGAUAAGCAAAACUAUCAUUGUUGCUGUUCGUCUGGAGUAAACGGUGAAGGCUUAAUUGCGUGAAAUGAUUUCCGGACCAGAACAAUUAAGUCGCAUGCUGUCUGAUGAGUUCGAUACCGACGAAGAGGAGGCUCCAGUUAUUGAUCCGAACACAAUUAAAUCGUUACCAGACCGACUAUUGUAUGCUGCGGAGCACAACGUGGAUAUUAUCCGCGAAAUCCUCGACGGAGCUCCUGAUCUGAUCGCUGUCCAAGAUUCCGACGGAUACACCGCUCUACACCGCGCCAGUUACAACAACCAUCUGGACGCGGCCAGAGAGCUGCUGUCCCGUGGUGCCAGUGUUUCUCUUGUAACCAAAGACGGUUGGCAGUCCCUACAUAGCGCAUGUCGCUGGAAUUCCCUGCAAGUGGCUCGUUUGCUCUUGCACAAUGGUGCGGAUGUUAAUGCGCAGACAAGUAUGGGUCUGACGCCGCUGCACUUGGCUGCCAGCGAUAAAAAUGCUGGAGACUUGCUCCGUUUACUCUUACUGCAUCCUUGUAUACAACCAGAUUUGGAAUCUCAUGCCAAGGAAACGGCAUUCGUUAUCGCGCGGCGAUCCGGACCGCACGCACACUUGUUUGAUGUUGUCGGCAAGAAUCUGGAACCUUAGGCAUUUCGGUGAUUUACUCUAGUUACUGAAAUUUGAUAAUAGUUAGGGGUGAAUCUCUUUGAAAAAUAAAAUGAUAUUACCAUGAUGUGAUAGGUUGAUAACGAUAUUUUAUGCUUUUUUACUACAUUACUUAAUGAUUGGUUGACUACGGUACCGAUUUGGAUAUUGCUGCUAAUUCACAUCGGCAAAAAUCUACUUUCGGAUAACUGUGUAUUCUGUUUACUUGCAUCCCGUAUAACUUUUGUGAGUGCAAUUUUUGCGAGUUUAAAGAUACAACUAAAAAUAAAAUGUACAGUUUUUUUCGACGUUCACUCGUUUUUAUUUCAGUAAAACAGGUCUGAUAAGCAACACAAGUUAUUAAUAGUAAACGUAGUUGCUAACAGAUAAACUAAUUCAUAAUUGAAUGAAAACUGAAAUAAAAUAAAACAGCUUUGCGUAAUAUUUAAUCAAACCUAAGGCUGUAUUAUAAUAUAUUUACACUUCGACAGUUUCAACGGGUUUGCAGUUGCUGCUCUGGAGACUGAUGAUAGAGUUUCCACAACUCCGUGUGUAGUUCAUCCUCCAUAUAGCGAGGAUCGGGAGGCGUAGGAAAUUCACCUUAGAAGACAAGUCACUGAAUAGUAUUCUCAAAGUAGCACAGAAUUAAUUAUGCAGUAGUGCAGUACCUAAUUCAUCGUUAUAAUCAUUAAAUGCCCGAAAG